AUGCAGGUGCUGUGCUGCUGUGAAGAAGGAAGUCCUCUGUCAGCUCAGCUCAUUCCGACACUGAAAGACGACAUCACCACUGUGAUUUACCCUACAAGCCUUGCACUACAGGCUUUGAAGGGCAUGGGAACAGUGACACCCAUCUUAGAGAAACAGCAGUGCCAGCUCUGGGAUCUGCCCUGCUAUUUGUACUGGGUGCUGGAUGAGGCCCUCUUGGGGCUGGCAGGCUUUAGGCCAAAGGCAGGCCAGAGAGACCAUGACUUGUGGAUGUUGGAGACCAUCCAUUGCCUGGCCAUCUUCACUAGAACCUGGAGCAAGACAUCCCACUGGUUGAGGAGAUUUGUCUUACAGCGCUGCCUGGCCCAGCCAUUCCCUGCCACCUUUGUCUUCUCCACCUGGUGGCAUGGUGUCUGACGUGUGCAGGCCUUUGGUUUCCUGUGCUGGGCUAUCAUGGUGGAGUAUGACUACUGCAUCCAUCCCUUCUGCAGCACCCAGGCUACCUCUCAGGCUGUGAAGCUCCUCCGCCAUGGUUCAAGCUGGGUCUUCACACAGCUCACCCUUGCAUACAUUCUGGUAGCUGUAGAUACCGAAAGCUUCUCCAUCUGUCUGCUCUGAAUUUAAUGCAGCGGCAUCCUUUCCAUAUCCUAUGGCAUUGUGCUGCUCCUGCUUGCCAAGAAGCCAAAGCAGAACCUGAGCUGGUCCUGCGUUCACUGGUGUGACUGGUGGUGCAUGUCCUUUGCACACAUGACCCUGCAGGAGAAGCAUGAGCUACCACAGGGGAAGACAUGGAGACUACAUGGGGCAAGCCAGAGCCAGACUUUCCAGGGCAAUGUGUCCAGGAUGGUCCACAGAAGUGGACCCAAGAGUCAGACAUAA